CCUCCUGCUUCCGGCGAAUUCACAACAUCCAAGAUGUCUGCCGUCACAGCUUGCCUCGUUUCGUACGAUAGCGGUUCUGAUUCAGAAAAUGAGCCGGAAUCCAAUACUGUUGUUGACAAAGUGGACCCAGCGGACCCGGACGCCACGGCUCACCUUAAACCUCUAAAGUCUGUACCCACGAUGUCUGUGGCUGUUCUCAAUUCUGCUCCCGAGGUCGCCGUUAAGGAAGCUGUUGAGACUGGCACACACCUGGACCCUGCAUUGAAAGAAGUCACGUUUAACCCGACAUAUGAAACCCUGUUUGCACCAGAGCUUGGGCCAGUGAACCCCUUUAAAAGUCAGCAGAUGGCUGCCCCCAGGAACAUGUUAUCUGGCUAUGCAGAACCGGCUCACCUCAACGACUUUAUGUUUGAACAGCAAAGGAGGACCUUCUCCACCUUUGGUUAUGCUUUAGAUCCAUCGGUUGACACACACCAUGUAACCACUAGUACCUACAUUGGUGCAGUGGAUGAGGCUGAGAAAAAUAAAGGGCUAACGGUGUUUGAGCCUGCACUGAAGAAGUCAGAUAAAAGGAAAAAGAUCAAAGGUGGAGAGGCAGGAGAGAUUGACAACUUCCUUGGACCAUGGGCGAAAUAUAUAGAUGAAAAAGAUGGGGCCAAACCAUCAGAGGAAGAGCAGAAAGAGCUGGAUGAGAUCACAGCCAAGAGGCAGAAGAAGGGAAGGAACGAGGAAGAUGCUCCUGCAGAAGAGAAAACCAUUCUCCAUGUUAAAGACAUGUAUGAUUACCAGGGCAGGUCCUACCUCCACGUCCCACAGGAUGUGGGCAUCAACCUGCGUUCUUCAGAGGCUCCAGACAAGUGUUACCUGCCUAAGAAACAGAUUCAUGUCUGGUCUGGACACACCAAGGGUGUCAGUGCCAUCCGACUAUUUCCAAGCUCUGGUCAUCUGCUGCUCUCCUCCUCCAUGGACUGUAAGAUCAAGCUGUGGGAAGUGUACGGCGAGAGGAGGUGUAUACGGACAUUUAUUGGCCACAGCAAAGCAGUGCGGGACAUUUGCUACAACAACACCGGGACCAAGUUCCUCAGCGCUGCCUAUGACCGCUACCUCAAACUCUGGGAUUCUGAAACAGGCCAGUGUAUCUCUCGCUUCACCAACAGGAAGGUACCGUACUGCGUCAAGUUCAACCCAGACGAGGACAAACAGAGUCUUUUCGUGGCCGGCAUGUCGGAUAAGAAGAUUGUUCAGUGGGACAUCAGGACAGGUGAGGUGGUUCAGGAGUACGACCGUCACCUGGGAGCCGUCAACACCAUCACCUUUGUUGAUGAGAACCGCCGGUUUGUGAGCACGUCGGACGACAAGAGUCUUCGAGUUUGGGAGUGGGACAUCCCCGUGGACUUCAAGUACAUCGCCGAGCCCAGUAUGCACUCGAUGCCAGCUGUGACACUCUCUCCCAACGGUAAAUGGCUAGCGUGUCAGUCUAUGGACAACCAGAUUCUGAUCUUUGGAGCCCAAAACCGCUUCAGACUGAACAAGAAGAAAGUCUUCAAAGGUCACAUGGUGGCUGGCUAUGCCUGCCAAGUGGACUUCUCCCCAGACAUGAGCUAUGUGGUGUCAGGAGAUGCAGAUGGAAAGCUGAACAUUUGGGAUUGGAAGACCACCAAGCUUUACCACAGGAUCAAGGCUCACGACAAGGUGUGCAUCAGCGCACUAUGGCAUCCCCAUGAAACCUCCAAGGUUAUCACCUGCGGUUGGGAUGGACAAAUCAAACUCUGGGACUAGAUCUGGCCCAUGGAUCUUUGAGAAAUCCCCGUAAGAGAAAGCCACAGGACUGGUAUCCAGUCUCAUUGUAGCAGGGUAUUUUUGUAUCAAGUUGUGAGAGUUCAAAUGAUGUAUUAUCUGUACAAAGAUGACCACAAGGCAUACUUUUAAAAAUACUUUCUACUGCGUAUGGCAUAUUAGAGGUGAACCAUGGCAUUUUCUAGGUAUUUUUUUUGUUAUUUUUAUUUGCAAUGUUCUAUGUAGUAUACCUUUUUGUAAUGCAUGGUAACUC